CAUAUAGUGCAGAUCACAUUAGAGAGGUCUCUCAUAGCCAAAGCAAUUAGAUCUUGCUUUAAGCGUGUAUAUAUCCACAGACUAGUAUGGAUGAUGAUCACAAUGAUCACCUUCCACCCUUGUUUCCUCACAAAACGACCUAUGAUUUCAACAGCAAGAUCCUGAUCGCCGCCAUUGUGUCUUUGUCCGUUGUUGUCGUGCUAGUCACCCUCCUCCACUUGUACGCGAGAUACGUCCUUCGCAACCGUGCCCGGCGCGGCGCUGCCAUGCAUGCUCUAGCCCUCAGGGUCGCCCAUGUGCAGUCCGGCGGCGAGCCACCCAAGACUGGCCUCGACCUGACUGUCAUUUCCUCGCUGCCUUUCUUUAUAUUCAAGCGAAGCCACUGCCGGGAUGAUGCCUUGGUCGAGUGCGUGGUUUGUUUGAGCAUGUUGGAGGAUGGAGAGACGGCGAGGGAGUUACCCAAUUGCAAGCACAUUUUCCAUGCAGAGUGCAUCGAUAAGUGGCUGCGCUCGCAGUCCACGUGCCCCGUUUGCCGCACUGAGGCCAGGCCAUGGAUGAAGGCCGAGCAUCACGAGCCUCCUGCUUGGACAGCUGCAGCGACGGCCCCAUCGCUUGAGAGCAUCGGCUCUAUUUUUGCAAGUAUUGAAGGGAUGCCGGAUGCCGCACAAGGGGCGAACAAAGACAGCAGUUCGUCAAGCUCGCGAUUUAGUUCAUUCAGAAGGAUGCUUAGUAGGGACAGAUUGUCGCCAAGAGUUCAAUCUCGCGGCCAAGAAGAUGAUGACAUUGAAGAUAUGGAGAGACAAUGAUGCAACAACUAUAGGUAAUAGAAAAUUUUUGCGAGAACUUUUCGUU